UUCACUCGAGAAACCCCUUUACUCUUUUAGCACAGCUUCUCUCACUCUCUCUCUCUUUGGUAAGUUAACAAUGUUGCUCCGUCGUGCAACCGCACUACCCAAAACCCUACAAAACCUCCGGCUAUUCUCUCCGGCGGCGACCUCCGCUUUAGCCCUCGACCACACCCUAGAAAUCCAACUAGAGUACCUCCCUGGAUUCCCGCGGCCCGAUGCGAAGCACGCGGAGACGAUCUUAGCCGUUCCUCGGUCCGACUCCGGCAAGAACAUAUCGGCGAAAGAGCGUAAAGCGGGUCGAGUUCCUUCGAUCAUAUUCGAACAGGAGGAUGGUCAGCACGGAGGGAACAAGAGGCUUGUCUCGGUUCAGACGAAUCAGAUCAGGAAGCUGGUGACUCAUCUGGGUUACUCCUUCUUCCUCUCUAGGCUCUUCGAUGUUGAGGUUCGGUCUGAGAUUGGUUCCGAUGAGGUCAUUGAGAAAGUCAGGGCCUUGCCCAGAUCGAUUCAUUUGCAUUCUGGAACUGAUGCUCCGCUGAAUGUGACGUUUAUAAGAGCUCCUCCUGGUACUCUGUUGAAAGUUGAUAUACCUCUUGUGUUCAUAGGAGAUGAUGUUUCUCCGGGGUUGAAGAAAGGAGCAUCUCUGAAUACUAUCAAAAGAACGGUGAAGUUUUUAUGUCCCGCAGAGAUCGUACCUCCAUAUAUAGAAGUAGAUCUCAGCCUACUGGACGUUGGACAAAAGCUAGUAGCUGGAGACCUCAAGGUUCAUCCGGCGCUAAAGCUAAUAAGACCCAAAGACGAACCAAUUGUUAAGAUCGCCGGGGGACGUGUCAGUGACCAGCAAAAGGACCAGCAAAAGAAGGAUCAGCCAAAGAAAGAGCAAUCAAAGAAAUAAACCGGUGGCGAGUCAUAUUAACCACCGAUGCAAACCAAAUGUUGCUCAUUCUUGUCUUUCCCAAACGUUGAUGAAAAAUUUAUGGAUCAAUCUUCUUAGAGCUCGAGAUCCUUUAGGAUGAAGGGUUGUUUGUGUGUUAUUAGUGUUGCCGGAGAGCUAUUGAUUCCGGGGGAAUAAUAUGUCUUUUGAUUCUAUAAUGCAUUUUUUUUCAUGGAUCAA